CAAACUGCCUUCUGGCAAACACUUGCCCACACCUUUUUGUGGGAUGAUCCAAUUUUAUGUAGGAUAAACAAGGCAUACAUGAUGGGGAGCAAAGCAAACGGGCUCAGGAGCACUACAUCGGCAGAGCAUCCGUUACCGGCAACCAGCUCUGCCGGAGAUUUAGUGUCAUCCUCUUCUCUUUCCCUCAGCAGCAGCUGGUCUGGAAGAAGACCACUUGUUGCCACCCAGAGCUUAGUGAAAGCCUCAAGCAAAAUCCGUGGAGAAGAGCAAGAAGCUCUCAAGAGGGACCAGGUCCAACAAGACAAGGUCUGGAGAGAGUUUGUGGAGGCUGAGAGGAAGGCAGCCAAGCAUUGGUAUCAGAACUGGAGUUUCCUAAAGGAUUAUGAUCCUCUGGGCAAGGAAAAAGUACCUGAGCAACUCCCUGAAUACAUACCAAUAUUCUCAGACAAGAUCCCUAAUACCACCAACCAUGUUAUUGGCAGCAGAACAAACACUGAUCUUGGUGAAACACUGAUACAAAUGGACUAUUUCCUCUAUUAUGGAAGAAGAAAAAAGAAACUUGGGGAAGAACUCCAGCCUUCCUAGAAUUAAAUAGAAAUCUUGCUGUUAAAAAUGUUUAUCCAUACUUUUUGAAAUAGGAUUAAUGCCAAAAACUUCGUGCAUUUACCCUUCCAGAUUCAGUUCUUCUGCAGACUAGUCAGUUACGGUAUCUAGCAAAUUAAAGUGGAUACCAAAGUUUGCAAAUAUAAUCCUGGAAAUGUGAACAUGGUCACAUGUAAAUAUCAGUCUCUACUGUUUCCACAUUUAGAAAAUAGUGGUGCUGCAUCACAUUUUUGAAAGCAUAAACUAUAUAAGGCUGUGUUAAGAAGCGAGGUCUAAUUUUUUUCACUCCAUAGGAAAACUGUAUUUGUUCCACCAAAAUCAAGCCUGAGAUUUCACUGCAGAUGAGAGGGUUGACCUGGCAUACAGCCAAGACCUGGUUGGGCAUCGAAAUGUGUCUGUCUGGGUUUUGCAUAUCGUGCCAGCUGCAACCAAGGGGUAGGGGCAGGGGAGUGACUGUGGUCAUCCAGGACACUCUGGAGAUUGUCAGAGGCACCGCCCUGCAGAUAGCCAGGUGUGAGACCCCACUUGUGAGGUUGAGAGUUAAGAGGUCAGUUGGGAUUGCUGCUGCUGUACCAGCCUACCUACUCAGAGCAGCUUCCCUGCCUGGGCUGCUUAAUACUGUGGCUGUGUUGGUGGUGGAGAUCCUAGGCUUAUUGUGCUGGGAGACUUCAGCUUGCCUUCCUGAGGCAGAGAUUUAGAGGCAGCUCAGGAGUUCAUGGCCACCUUGGGACAUGAUACAGCUUAUUGAGGUCACACACUAGACCUGGUUUUUGUCCUGGGGCAAUCCAUCAACCCCUUGUCAUGGUUGAUCACUCCCUAUUAACCAUGGAGUUUGCCACAGUUAUUCCCCACUGCAGGGAGGAUGGCCCUAUUCAGUUGGUUCACUGCAGGUGCCUGAUGGACUUGAUUGGGUUUCAGUCUAGAUUCAGGUCAGGUUAUAAUUCUGAGACAGCACUGGACACACUUGUUGGCUGCCUCAGGAUGGGGGGAUUGCAUCCAUCCUGGGCCUCCUUUAUGUCUCAGUUACCACGGCAAUCUUCUGAACCAGCUCAGGGGGUUGAGAGGGGGAGAUUGUGUUUUGGUAUUCUCCUCCUUCCUCUGAGGCCAAUUCCGCUGGUGUUGGUGGGGCAGGAGCAGCCUAACCAUAGACCCUCUCUCUGCUUUGUUUAAUGUCUACAUGAUGCUACUGGAGGAGACAUGACAGGAUACUCAACUGUAUAUCUCUGCCCUUGGCUGACCAGAUGCUGCUAUCAAGGUUCUGUCCCUGUGUCUGGAGGCUGUGGGAACUGGACAGGGAGGAACAGACUUUGGCUCAACCCUGGCAAGACAAUCUGACUGUGGGUUUUGGGCUUCUGAUCCCUAAACCAGAGAUUUUUCCAUCCUUGCCUCUGGGAGGAGUUGCACUCCCCCACUGAGAUCCGGUAUAUAGUUUGGUCAUUCUCCUGGACUCAUAGCUACUAUUCAAAAAGCAGGUGGCAGCUGUGGCCAGGAGAGACUUUGCACAAUUUCC